AUGGGCUCUAAAUCACAUUUCAAACAUAGUUCAUCUUUGGUUCGGAAUAUCACCCAUCUCAGCAAUGAUCUUGAUCAGGAAAGUGAGAAUGGGAGUGUUGGCCUUGCUACCUACACAGUGAACAUUCCUCCAACCCCUGAUAACCAGCCAAUGGAGAUUUCUCUGGAGAGGACUGCUUCUCGGAGGGUAGAGGAUCAGUAUGCAUCAAGUUCUUUGUUUACUGGUGGUUUUAAUCAGGUUACACGAGCCCAUUUGAAGGAGAAGGUGAUUGAAUCUGAAUACAGCCAUCCCCAGAUGACUGGUGGAGCAAAAGGGUCAUCUUGUGCUGUGCCUGGCUGUGAUGGAAAGGUCGUGACUGAUGAGAGAGGAUUGGAUAUACUCCCUUGUGACUGUGGUUACAAGAUUUGUAGAGAUUGUUACAGAGAUGUUUUGAGGAUUGGUGAGGGGAUUUGCCCUGGAUGCAAAGAGCCUUACAAGGAGCCGGAGAUGCAAGAUGCUUCUGUGAUCAACCAACAGGCACUGCCCUUGCCUCCUGGUGCUGGGGUGUCCAAGAUGGAGAGGAGGUUGUCGUUGAUGAAAUCGGGGACUUUGGUGAGGAGCCAUAAUAAUGAAUUUGAUCAUGCUCAAUGGUUAUUUGAAUCCAAGGGGAGCUAUGGUUAUGGGAAUGCUAUGUGGCCAAAGGAUUCUGAAAAUGAUGCCAGUUCUGGUUCUGGUUCUGAUUGGAUGGGUGGUGACCCCAAUGUAUUUCAGGAAAAGCAGUGGAGGCCUUUGACCCGGAAAUUAAGUAUUUCUUCUGCAAUUCUGAGUCCAUAUCGGCUCAUAAUAUUAAUUCGGCUGGUGGUUCUUGCUCUCUUCCUAAUGUGGAGGAUCCAAAACCCCAAUGAUGAUGCACUCUGGCUGUGGGGCAUGUCCGUGGUUUGUGAAAUCUGGUUUGCCUUCUCUUGGGUGCUUGACCAGCUUCCAAAGCUCUUCCCCAUAAAUCGUGUUGUUGAUCUUGAUGUUUUGAAAGAGAAGUUUGAAACUCCUAAUCCCUCCAAUCCUACUGGCAAGUCUGAUCUUCCAGGACUAGAUAUGUUUGUGUCAACUGCAGAUCCUGAAAAAGAACCACCACUUGUCACUGCAAAUACUAUUCUUUCCAUUCUAGCUGCUGAUUAUCCUGUUGAGAAACUUUCAUGUUAUGUCUCUGAUGAUGGAGGUGCACUUCUAACUUUUGAGGCCAUGGCAGAGGCUGCGAGUUUUGCCAAUUUGUGGGUUCCUUUUUGUCGGAAGCAUGACAUUGAACCCAGGAACCCAGAAUCUUAUUUUAGUCUGAAGAGAGAUCCCUACAAGAACAAAGUACGCUCUGACUUUGUAAGGGAUCGCAGACGGGUAAAGCGGGAGUAUGAUGAGUUCAAGGUUCGGAUUAAUGGCCUUCCUGAUUCAAUUCGGCGGCGUUCUGAUGCCUGUAAUGCUAGAGAGGAGAUAAAAGCUAUGAAGCUUUGGAGAGAGAAUGGACAUGAUGAACCAAUGGAGAAUUUGAAAAAUCCUAAAGCCACAUGGAUGGCUGAUGGUACCCACUGGCCUGGCACUUGGACAACUACUGCAACAGAGCAUUCUAGGGGUGAUCAUGCCAGUAUCAUACAGGUAAUGUUAAAACCCCCAAGCGAUGAACCACUGACUGGUACAGCAUCAGAUUCAAAUGGCAUGGAUUUGACUGAAGUUGAUAUUCGUCUUCCAAUGCUUGUCUAUGUUUCUCGUGAAAAACGACCUGGCUAUGAUCACAACAAGAAGGCUGGGGCCAUGAACGCUCUGGUUAGAGCCUCAGCCAUUAUGUCCAAUGGCCCUUUCAUACUUAAUCUUGACUGUGACCAUUACAUAUUUAACUCCCAGGCUCUGAGAGAAGGUAUGUGCUUCAUGAUGGACCGCGGUGGGGACGGGAUUUGCUAUGUUCAAUUUCCUCAAAGGUUUGAAGGAAUAGACCCUUCUGAUCGCUAUGCCAAUCAUAAUACUGUAUUCUUCGAUGUCAACAUGCGGGCUCUGGAUGGGAUUCAAGGUCCAAUGUAUGUUGGAACAGGAUGCCUAUUUCGAAGAACUGCAUUGUAUGGCUUUGAUCCACCUCGGGACAAAGAAGAGACUGGUUGGUUUGGUCGCAAGAAUAAGAAAUCUUCAAUGGUUGCCUCUGUCCCUGAAGUUGGUUCUGUUGAGGACCGGUCAUUUAGGAAUGGUGGCACUGAGGAUGAAGAACUGAGCACGGCUCUUAUUCCUAAGAGUUUUGGCAACUCAAGUCUUCUUAUUGAUUCAGUCAGGGUGGCAGAGUUCCAAGGGAGGCCUCUUGCUGAUCAUCCAUCUAUAAAAAAUGGACGUCCACCUGGUGCACUAACCCUUCCUAGGGAUCUUCUUGAAGCUGCUACUGUUGCUGAAGCCAUCAAUGUCAUUUCAUGCUGGUAUGAAGAUAAGACUGAAUGGGGCCUUAGAAUUGGGUGGAUUUAUGGUUCUGUAACUGAGGAUGUUGUGACAGGUUAUAGAAUGCACAAUAGGGGAUGGAGGUCUGUAUAUUGUGUGACCAAGAGGGAUGCUUUUCGCGGCACUGCUCCAAUCAAUCUGACUGACAGACUGCACCAGGUUCUUAGAUGGGCAACAGGCUCAGUUGAAAUAUUCUUUUCGCGUAACAAUGCUCUUUUGGCUAACUCUAGAUUGAAGUUUCUGCAGAGGAUUGCUUACCUUAAUGUUGGAAUUUAUCCAUUCACAUCCAUCUUCCUUAUUGUUUACUGCUUCCUUCCUGCACUUUCCCUUUUAACUGGUCAGUUCAUUGUCCAGUCCCUUCAAGUAACCUUCUUAGUUUACCUCUUGGGGAUCACAUUGACCCUUGUUCUUCUUGCUGCUCUGGAGAUCAAGUGGUCUGGUAUUGAACUUGAAGAAUGGUGGAGGAAUGAGCAAUUCUGGUUGAUUGGAGGCACAAGUGCCCAUCUUGCUGCUGUGCUUCAGGGUCUACUAAAGGUGGUGGCUGGCAUUGAGAUUUCAUUCACUUUGACGUCAAAGUCUUCUGGUGAUGAUGAAAAUGACGAAUUUGCUGAUCUAUAUGUCAUAAAGUGGACGUUUCUUAUGGUACCACCAAUCACAAUCAUGAUGGUAAAUUUGAUAGCAAUUGCAGUUGCAGUUAGCAGAACCAUAUACAGUGAUAAUCGUCAAUGGAGCAGUUUGCUUGGAGGUGUGUUUUUCAGCUUUUGGGUAUUGGCUCAUCUAUAUCCCUUUGCAAAAGGCCUUAUGGGUAGAAGGGGUAGGACACCUACUAUUGUGUUUGUAUGGUCAGGUCUAAUAGCAAUCACCAUCUCCCUUCUCUGGGUUGCUAUAGACCCUCCCUCUGGCAGCAACAACCAAAUUGGAGGAUCGUUCCAAUUCCCUUGAUUUUCUAGUGCUCAAAUUUCAGGUAGCACUUGUAAGUA